AAUUGAGAUUUGCUGAAAGAAAGAAAGCAAGAAUUCCUGUGAGGGCUGUUUGCAGAUAUCCAGUGGUCUCCUCCUCUACACACUUCACGCUCGAUUCUGCUGAUGAGAGAGGGGCAAAUGUGUUUUGAAUGAACGGUGAACGCGUGCAUGCGUCCGCAUCAAACAGGCGUCUGGACGUGAAUGUCAAUAUCAGAGCCGGUUCAUGGGAUUUCAGAGUCCAGUUUAAAGAGGAUGAAUUGAUGGUGAGUGAGUGGCAGCGAAGCAGAAAGGCUUCAUCAUGACUUGGCUCUGGAUUUUAACUUUGGCCAUCGGUGUUCACAAAGUAUUUUGCGGUCCGCGGUUCUCGCAGGAGCCUGCAGAUCAGUCUGUUGUGGUUGGGGAAAGAGUGGUUCUGUCCUGUGUGGUGUUUAACUAUACCGGCAUUGUACAAUGGACCAAAGACGGGCUCGCUCUUGGCAUCGGAGAGGACCUGAGGGCAUGGCCGCGGUAUCGUGUAUUGCGUAUAAUGGAUGUUGGACAGUAUAAUCUAGAGAUCACGUCAGCAGACUUGUCAGAUGACUCGCUGUACGAGUGUCAAGCCACAGAAGCCGCUCUGAGGUCCAGAAGAGCCAAAUUGUCUGUUCUGAGUGAUCCCCCUGAAGGUCCUGUAAUUGAGGGCUCUCCAGAGAUCCUAUUGACUGCAGGAACCUCAUAUAACCUCACCUGUGUUUCUAGAGGAGCAAAGCCAAUGUCAACCAUAGAAUGGUACAAAGAUGGGAUUACAGUGGAGGGAGCUCAUACCAGCACUGAGCUGUUAGCAGACAGAAAGAGAGUGACAACGCGGAGUUUUCUGGAGAUACAGCCAGCAAACACAGACACAGGACAAAAUUUUACCUGCAUGGCCUCAAAUCUGGCCGCCCCUCUAGGAAAAAGAGCCACUGUUACCCUCAACAUCCACCACCCUCCCACUGUCAUUCUGUCCAUAGAGCCUCGCUCUGUUUUAGAAGGAGAGAGAGUUGCUUUUACCUGCCAGGCCACUGCCAACCCUCCCAUUAUGGGCUACAGGUGGGCUAAAGGAGGUGUGAUUCUGGACGGAGCGAGAGAAAGUGUGUUUGAGACAACAGCAGAUCACUCGUUCUUCACUGAGCCUGUUUCCUGCCUGGUCUUUAAUGCAGUGGGCAGCACAAACGUCAGUAUAUUGGUGGACGUUCACUUUGGUCCGAUUCUAGUGGUGGAGCCAAGGCCUGUAACAGUUGAUGUUGACUCUGAUGUCACUCUCAAUUGUAAGUGGGCAGGAAAUCCUCCACUCACCCUCACAUGGACCAAGAAGGGCUCUAGUAUGGUCCUUAGUAAUAGUAAUCAGUUAUUCCUGAAGUCUGUAAGUCAGGUAGAUGCAGGACAGUAUGUGUGUAAAGCUAUCGUGCCCAGAAUCGGCGUCGGAGAGACAGAGGUCACACUCACUGUCAAUGGACCUCCAAUUAUCUCAAGUGAGUCAAUCCAGUAUGCCGUGAGAGGAGAGAAGGGAGAAAUCAAGUGCUACAUUGCCAGCACCCCUCCACCAGACAAAAUUGUUUGGGCCUGGAAGGAGAAUGUGUGGGAGAAAGAGAGAGGGACAUUAUUAGAGAGAUACACAGUGGAACAGAGCACACCUGCGUCACAGGGAGGCGCUGUUCUCUCGACACUCACCAUCAAUAACGUCAUGGAAUCUGACUUCCAGUCAACUUAUAACUGCACUGCAUGGAAUGCAUUUGGACCAGGAACCAUGAUCAUCAACCUAGAGGAAACAGAUAUAGUGCCUGUAGGUGUAAUAGCAGGUGGAUCUGUCGGAUCUUCCAUUCUGCUGCUUCUCCUCCUGUUUGCUCUGAUAUUCUAUCUUUAUCGACAACGGAAAGGCAGUCGUCGUGGAGUCACAUUGAAGCCAGACAUUAAGGUGGAAACGGUCAACAAGGAGACGCACAGUCUUGAGGAGGAGACCGCCAGCGCCUCCACGGCAACACGAAUGGUAAAGGCUAUGUAUUCCCCUUUCAAAGAUGACAUGGACAUGAAGCAAGACUUGCAAAGUGACACGCUGGAGCCCAAGGUGGAGGAGUAUGAGCCCAAGGACCCUACUAAUGGCUACUACAAUGUUCGAGCUACGACGCAUGAUGAGGUUCGCACGUCGACCCGCUCUCUUCUGUAUCAAGAAUUCCGCCCACCUUAUCCUGCAUCGGUUUCCACUUCAGCCGGCGGCCUAGUGACCAACAUACAUCCCGCACCCACAGGCCGUUAUGAGCCUCGCCCGGCUUCGCGAAUGCCCCACAACACUUACACCCAUUUUAACACAAUUGCAAGGGCAUCACAAAUCCAGCCCCCACCCAACCCUGUCUCAAAGACCACAGACUAUUGUGGAGAGCGUGGCCUACUGGAAUCAACCAAUCCACUAGCUUUGGACAGCUACACUUAUUCAACGACACCUCAGUACAGGAUGGGGUUUGCCCCACCUUUGGAAGCAGGACAAGCCUAUGAAAUGUAUCCUACGGGACAGGGGGUGGGGACAAGUCAAGGCGUGGGGCAAGAUACUGGUGCGGGGAAGUACACUAGCUCCACCCAAUUUCCAUAUUCAACCCCUCCUACAGAGUACUCUCAGAGACACACGCAGAGAAUGCAGACUCAUGUGUGAGACAAACUCACUCACACUGUCCAUCUCAUGAAAGCACUUCUCUGGACGCAAAUAUGUGGCACACAGAGGUAGUGUACUCUUUUAUACACACCAGUUCAUAAAACAGUUAUGUCCCAAACUCUCCGUCCAUCACAACAAUGUGCAAACACACACUGCGUUUUCUACCUUUACAACAGAACUUUCUAAAGGAAAAAGUGCCAAAUUACAGUUGAUUAAAAGAAAAUUACUGAAACAGAAGAGAAAAACGCAGGUCACAGAGAGCACGACAACAUAUGGAGCAUCGCCAACCAUACACUGAAAAACAAACCAUUUUCCAGUAAAAAUAUCUAAACAUUCUUAAAACAAGAUCAAUGUACUUGAGAAGCAAAACUGCAUAAGAUUUUAAAGUUAGUUUAUCCAAAAAUGAAAAGUCUGUCAUCAUUUUCUCACCCUCAUGUUGUUCCAAACCCAUAACGCAAAAGGAGAUGUUGGCCAGUCUGUAAACUUCACUCACCGUUCAUUUUAAUUUCAUCUUUUUUCCAAACCUUGAAAAUGAAUCGUGACUGAGGCUGUCUGUCCCUAUAAUUGUACUUAACAUCUCUUUUUCUGUUUCAUGUCAGAAAAGUCAUGUAGGUUUAAGUCAAUGGAGACUGAAUUUCCCAUUAAAACUUUUUAUAUAUCUUAAAAUAAGUUUAUUCUUCUUACCCAAUUGGCAAAUAGUUUUCUCUUGUUUUAAGUGUAAAUCUAGCGAAAUAUUAUAUAUGCAAAAGGAAUAUUUGGGGUUCAAUACAAGUUUUGUACACCAUUUAUUUCGACUUGUCCCUACUUAAAAACAACAUCUAAACCUUAAAAUACUCACUGUUACAAAGUAUAGCCACAAUAUGUAAAUGUGUGAUAAAAUAGCUUACUAACCUUUUCUGUGUAAAGUUAUAGCCAAUUUUACAACUUUGUUGCCAUGACGACGUAAGCCCUGUAAUCCUGCAAAAACGACAAUAUAAACAACUUCACAGCUCAAAUGAUACACGUUUUAACAGAAGAAUUCAUUUAAGUGCUUUUAUAAAAUUAUAAGCUUCACAUUUCAACCUUUUAACCCUUUACAAAUUGGCCCCAUUCACUUCCAUUAUAGGUACCUCACUGUACCCUCCAUUUAAAAAAUGUAUAUAUAUUUUUUGUGGUAACCAACAUGCCACAAAUGCUGUUGAAUGAGCUUGUAUUUAAUUCCUUUCUGGAUGCUUAGAUAUUUUCCUGCUGGAAUACAAGACAAACAAACUGAUUAUUUGCAGUGUAUGACAUUACCAUUCUUCCUCCUUUCCAAAAUGAUCUGCAAAUGUGGCAGAAGUGGCAAAUCCCAAACUCUCCAAAUCUCUUCCUUCUUGUAUCAGCAUAUCGUCCCUCCACACCAAAAUAAGCCACUGCAAAGCAGCCAUUAGAUGUUUCUCCAUGUGAAGUGUGACUGAGUCACUUAAUGGCUACUCUUUAAAGGACCAAGAAGAAUUAUAAAGGCUUGAGGGCACCAGAAGCCAUAAACAACUGGUAGUAAAGCCCAGUGAAAGCCUUAUCGCUAUGCACUGGAGUAUGCACUGGACAGGAGAGUGUACACUGCUAAGACCUGUUCCACCACUCAACCUAAUAAAUAUGAUGUUGUACAUUGAGGCCAUUUCAGGUGGGAUCACAUUGAUUGUAUAGUUUACUGCGUACUUAAAAAAAAAAAAAAACAGCAAGUAAUAUUGCAGAACAAAUCAAUCAGUUGAAAAAUACUACUAACGCUGUUGACAAUCAAUUGUGAAAUAAUUUGCCGAAUGGUCAACAUUCCAACGAACAACUCACUUGAGUGCAGAUGGGCCAGCCGAACAAUAUCUCUACAGCAUAAUGCCUGCACUGCCCGAACUCCUCUUAGACUCUUCUUAUUGGUGGACUUGGAUGGUCAAGGGAGAUCUGAGUAUCUGGGUAAAUGCCACCAGUGCUUUUAACUCUGAAAAGCUGGACUUUAUGUAACAUUUUAGGAAUUUUUAAACACAGUUGCUACUCACAGUGUGUCAAAGUGAGCUUACAGACUCUUUUCUGAACACACGCUCUGCCUCCUUCCAAGAAAACCUCACAAGUAUUUGACACUUUAAGUGUUAAUAAAUGUGUGCGAGUGUAUGUUUUUGCUCAUGUUAUGUGAAGGAACAUUUUGAAUGUGAAACUUUGGUUUGUUCAAUUUCCAUGUAUUUGUCCUUAACACUUUCAAAAGUAGAUUAGUGUGCUUUUCCAUAUUUCCGCAUCUAAACGAAACUGCUUUGAAAGCGCUUUUAUAGUAUUUUUCUAAGAGGGUGUAAAAAUGUUUUUUGGCAAGUAAUAUAAAGGAGAAAUGGUCAAACUAAUUCGUUAUGUUUAGGAUAUGUACAUCUGUCUUUGUUCUGUAAAGGGAAGUUGAACCAGAUAACUGAAAAGUUUGAAAUAAUUCUAAAAAUGGAAGCAAUUUGUUUCUAAAGCACUAUUCCUGCAUAACACAAGACAACUAAAAUUGUCCUUUAUGCAAAAUAUAGAAGGGCUUAUCCUUGUCCAAAUUGUCCCUUGGUCCAGAAUUUUGCCAAUAGUUUUUCAAACUCAAAAUAUGUAAUGAUCAAAAUAGGAAUAGUUUUAACAAAUUAGCAGCACUGUUCAGUUAAUCAAGUAUACAUUUUAUAGUAAAAUGUUUAUUGGUGCUGAAUCAAUGAAAUCUUUUUAAAAUUGAAAUCAUUGCAUCUAUUGAAAAUGUUAUUAGGCAAACGAUUGAAACUAUAAAUGUCUUUUUAUAUUCUCUAUAUAUCCACAUAUCAAAUAUUUUGGAUAUCUCACAAUGGUUUCGAGACCUAAUUAGCACUUUUUACUGAAGACAGGACAACAAAUCCCAAAUGAGCAAAUUUACAUAUCAGAAAUGGAAAAAUUAGACAAUGAAUGCGCAAUAUUGUAAGUAAGUAUAAGUGAGCGUGUGUGUGCGCGUGCGUGUAAAUGAGAGUGUGAAAGCAUGUGUGACUCCAUUUCAUCAUACUCGUGUUAAAAAGCACUGUACUGUGCUUAUGAUUUUUAGUCAUAAGCACAGUACAUACACAGUACAGUUUGAUUCAUCUUUUAAAAAUGUACAAUUCGAAAGAAAAAUAAGAUUCAUAUGCAUUUGCCCAUAACAAUUACAUUAUUAUUUUUUCAAUUGUGUUUAUUUUUCCA